AUGGUUCCUUUAAAAUUCUUUCCCGAAGAAACCUCCUCAAUUUGUACCUAUUUCAAAAUUUUCGGCUUUUUUCCUCAUGCCUCUUCUCGCGCUACUCAAACUUUCCUUUACAUAACUUCUUUCCUUUCCAUCCUUCUUGGACCCAUCAUUAUCCUCAACCUCCUCUUGUACAUCCGUGAAACCGAACACGAAAGUAACAUCGACAUAACCGCGGAAUACUUCAUGUUAGUUGGAUACGUCGUUGGUCAACUAAUCACAAAUUGUCAAGCUCUCUUAACAAAAAAGGUUCAACGAAAGAUCUUUAAAAUUUUCAACGGGAUCGAUUACCUGAUCUUACGUUUGGAUAACUUACGGGACUAUACCUCAGAUCGAUCUUGGAUGAUCUUCAAGAUGGCGGUGAUCUCAGUGAUCAGUGUUGCUGUUCCAAUUGUUCAACUUUUGAUGUCAAAAAAUCUGGAUGUUGAGAAAAUUAUUUCGCUUCUGAUCUUUUUGCCUCUUUUGAGGUUGAGAUGCGCUCAAUUCAUUUUUUACACAGAUAGCGUCAAGAUCAAAUUAAGUGCUUUGAAUGAAUAUAUUUCGAAGAUCAAUUUGAAGAACUCGGAAGCUGAAAGAACUGUCGUUACUUCGGAUUACUUCAACGAGAAAAAGUCUGUGGAUUAUUUCUUGGGAAGGAUGUACGUUAUGAAGAGUAUUCAUUCGAAAAUUUGGAAAGUAGCUUCGACCAUCAAUGAUUGCUUUGGGUUAUCUUUACUUUUCAUCAUUUCACAUUGCUUUGCGACUUUAACUGUUGAAGCUUAUUGGUGUUAUUUUUCGUUCUUUGGCAAUAAUCCUAUCAGCAAAGCGAUUGACUCUUUAAGUACUGCGAUCCCGGAUAUUUUUAUCUUGAUCUUCAUUGCUAAUUCUUGUAGCGGUUGCAGUGAUUUAUGUACGACAAUCAACUCGAGCAUCCACAAAAUCGAGAACAAUUACGAAGAUUUUCGUUUCAACGCAAUGAUAAAUGAUUUUGCAUCUCAAGUAUUUCAACUGAAAGUUACGUACACGGCAAAUGGCUUCUUUACAAUUGAUUAUUCGCUUUUAGGUUCGAUGGUUAUUGCUAUAAUUGGGUAUAUGGUUAUUUUGGUGCAAUUUCAUCAGGAAAUUUAA